GCCCUUUCCGGCGCGGCCGCACCACGUGUGAGCGCCGGCCGACAUGGAGGGCCAGGCGGAGGCGGGCGGCGCCUUCACCGGCGUCGUGUCCCGGCGCAGCCGGAGGAAGCGGCGGCGGGCGGGCGGCGAGGAGCCGGCGGCGGGAGCGGCCAUGGACACGGCGGAGCCGCGGCCCAGCAAGCGGCCGGCGUUCCCGCCCGUGGCCGCCGAGGCGCUGGGGGUUGGGAAAGGCGAGCUGAGGAAGAUCCCUGUCCCGGCCAACAGGUACACGCCGCUUAAGGAGAACUGGAUGAAGAUAUUCACGCCCAUCGUGGAGCAUCUGCAGCUUCAAAUAAGGUUCAACCUGAAAACGAGGAAUGUUGAGAUCAAGACUUGUCAAGAGACAAAGGAUCUCAGUGCUCUGACGAAAGCAGCUGAUUUUGUGAAAGCCUUUAUACUUGGAUUUCAAGUAGAGGAUGCCCUUGCUCUCAUCAGAUUAGACGAUCUUUUUCUAGAGUCAUUUGAAGUGACAGAUGUCAAACCUCUGAAAGGAGAUCAUCUGUCAAGAGCAAUCGGCAGAAUAGCAGGGAAAGGUGGAAAAACCAAAUUCACCAUAGAAAACGUGACCAGGACACGCAUUGUUCUUGCUGACACAAAAAUUCAUAUUUUGGGAUCUUUUCAGAACAUUAAAAUGGCACGAACAGCAAUUUGCAAUCUAAUUUUAGGAAGUCCUCCCUCCAAAGUCUAUGGCAAUAUUAGGGCAGUGGCCAGCAGAGCAGCUGAGAGGUUCUGAGCUGCACCACCAAGGACUGGGGAUGGAAGUCCAAGUUCCUGGACACACAAGAAGCCUAAAGCUACAGAAGCCAUCAGUUUUCUGCUGGAUUUGGAAGCCCAGAAGAAAACCAGGACUGUUUGUUCAGUAUGAUUGCCUUUGGACAUGUGGUCUGAUUUGAACAUACCUGAUGUUUCUGUCUAGUCAUUAAAAGGUAUUUUAAAUUGUGUCUAGAUCAAAAGUCCAUGAUUUUACUUGAACAGCCUCAAACAAAAACCUGCUUCAUUACGGAUUUCCUGAACAUCAGACUUAAGAGGCUGCUUCUUCAGAAAGCCUUGGUGUUUAAUGUUUUGAGCCUAAAGGAAUUGGCAGAGUUAAACAUUUGUAACCACACAUCAUGGUUCAGAAUCUUCCUGACAAAAGGAGGAGACAACUGGAAUGCAGAGUUCAGUGGCAGGCUGUCCACUGAGUCGCUGCUGCUGGAACAAUGCAUCACAUGAAAAAAGUAAGAUGAAGAGGCAAAGAACUGAAUAUUUGAACUGAAUCUGCACAUACAUACAUUCCUUAGUUCCUAAAAUGAUCGGUAAGGACAGCUUGAUGAAGCCAAGAGCCACCAGGUUAAAUACUUUCCAGUGUACCAGAGCACCAGUAACUGUAAGGUCCUGUGUGGCUCUUCUUUCAAAUGUUACAUAAGUAGCAUAAUGCAACAAAAGGAGGGGAGAAAUUAGAUUUACCAGUCCCAGUAUGAUUUAAAAAUUGACCCUCUUCUCCUGCACCUGCCAGGCAACCUUCUGCAAAGCGUCUUGGAAAAUAAUUAAGUUCAGGCUUGGGAAUGAAAACAAACUGAAAUGAGAUUAUCAAACACACGAGCAAACUGAGUAAGCAUUUAGGUCACUGUCCAAGUUUCCAGAAUAGCACUUCACAGUCUGGGGUUACCACCACAGCCAGACUGAUUCAAGCUUUCAGCUGUCAGCAGACUCAGAGCCAGGUGCAGAUCUGCUUUAAGGUGAACAUGGAAGGCACUGAGCACCCCAGCCAAGGUUCAAAUAUUUUAUUUUGUAUUCAUACAGUAUGAAGGUUCUUAUAGUUCCCACGAUAUAUGAUGUAGCAUGCAGAGGAAAAACUAAACAUUCAACAUAAAUCAUUUUUCCCCACACAAACUGAAAAAAAAAAAAAUCAUCCCUCCCCUUCCAGUCCCCCUAAGGAAAUAACAUUAGCACUAAUUUCUAUAAUGCCAGCCAAGAUAUGCACAAGCAAGAAAAACUGAAAGCAUUUGCUAAAAUGUUUGUAACAAAUACUUAUGUACAAAAAAUUCACAAAAGACUAAUUCCCCCUUGAAGCAGAGCACAUGGCAGUUGACACUGGAACAGAUACAACCACUGGCUGGGAUUAUAAACCACGUACUGAUCCAGAGGAAGAAAAAAGUUACAUGUAGUGGAGAUUGUUUUGUUUUGAACAUGAACAUUUACCAAAGUUUGGCAACAUUAUCUUGUUAAUUAUGCAAAUUAUGUAAACAAGAGGAACAUUUCAAAUCGAUCUACAUGCAAAACUUCAUGUCAUGCAAGGACACUAAGCACCUGGAUUUCUCUCUCACAGACAGAGCCCAUGAUGUGCAGCACUCAGUUGAAGGAACAGCUAUGGCAGACAGGUGCUCGACUGAAGAGGUUCAGACAACCUGCACUUUCCACUGCUCAUUAUAAAACAAUUGUUUUUUUU